AGACUUAGAGCAAUGUUGCCUUUUUAACGCAUGUGAAUCUUGCUAACAAAAUUUUUUGAAAUUAUAUUAAUAAAUAAUAUAUAAAAAUUUAUAGUGAACUCCAUAAAUAAACGUAUUUAUGCGAAAUUUAUAUUUGCAAAUUGAAAUUGAGUUCGUGAAGUUAUUUUUAGUUGGUACCAAAGGCUUCGUCGCCGGGCAGCAGUAAUACGUGACAGCAGCUGAAAUUCUGUGUAAAAUGCAAAAUAGCCGCAACAGUCUUCCAAUAAUAUUGCAAUAAAACUUUAACAUCUUCCAACAGAAAAUAAAAAAUAAAAAUUUUGACGCCAGUAGACAUAAAACUUAUUUGGAUAAAAUAGGUUUUCUAAAGCAACACACGAGACUACACUGCCAGAUACUCCGCCCGCCAUCACCAUGAAUAACAAGUGCCCAAAAUUGAUUGAUGUAUAUGAUAUAAGCGAUGAUUUGGUAAAGAAAUUAAGUGAUUGGAAAUUAAUUCAUAUUAUAUCCGGAAAAUUUAAUGAACUAAAAGAGAACUAUUCUAAAGUAAACUUUGUCGAACACGCCCUAAUUGACUUCAAAUAUAUCGAAAAAAUAUUCUUGAAUACUAAACUGCGUGAGGAAAAAUGCAACAAAAAGAGUUCAGAGUUUCGGAUGCUGGGGAAUGAACAAUUUUCGCUUAAGAAUAGACGAUAUUUUCAGGCCUUGGAAUUAUAUAAUAAGAGUAUAUGUUUUUCUGAACCCGAUUCAGAGAACUUGUCGAUCGGUUAUGCCAAUCGUUCCGCAGUGCUAUUCGAAUGGAAACGUUAUCGUGAGUGCUUAACCAAUAUUCAAUUAGCACGUAAAGCUAAUUAUCCAGACAGAUUAAUGCAUAAAUUGGAUAAACGUGAAAAGGAUUGUAGACAGCUAUUAGCCACGCAACCGCCUGAUAUUCAACCUUAUGAUUUUCAGAUGCCUUUCGAUCCACAUCCACAAGUACCCAAUAUAGCAGAUUGUCUCGAACUACGUCAUACUGAUGAAGAAGGACGUUUCUUAUAUACUAAUCGUGAUCUAGUCGUUGGUGACCUUAUAGCCACUGAAGAACCAUUUUGUUCUACACUGUUGCCACCAAUGCGUUAUAUACGCUGUGCCACUUGCAAGCAAGAAAACUAUCUUACGCUCAUACCUUGUGACAGCUGUUGUUCAGUAAUGUUCUGCUCGGAGGAAUGUCGCGAUCGAGCCACUGCGACUUUUCAUAAAUAUGAGUGUCCUAUUAUUGAUCUGCUAUAUAAGAUGUUUAAUAAAAUACAUGGCAUCGCUUUGCGAGUAUGUCUUACAGCAAUAGAACUGUUUCCUACUAUAGAAGAGUUGAUUUCAUUUUGUGAUGAUCCUGAAAAUCAAAACAAAUCAGCUUUUGACUUAGAUUAUACGAAUUUUACACCACGAGAGCAUUAUCGUGCUAUACACGGUCUUGUAACAAAUCAGCAUUUACGUUCAGUAUCAGAUUUAUUUCAACGAUCUGUGGUUUGUGCCGUACUGAAACAUUUUAUAAUUGAGUAUACACCACUUAAGGAGUUUCUUGGCGGUGAUGAAGGACAAAACUUUUUUACAGAAUUAUUAUUUCGACAUCUUCAGACAUCUCCAUCAAAUAUGCACGGUAUAGAUCUCGUAGAACAAGUUAACGAAACAAAAGAUGAUCAAACUCAUUCAUCUGGUGCAUUCGCACUUUUAUCA